ACAGUCGGCGUGUUUGGAUUUGAAUGCUUUGUCGCGCCCUUGAGGAGUGGUGGUGUAACGUUGCUUCCUAGCGCUGGGGCGCUGCAUGCUGGGCGGUGAGGAGGAUCGUGAGCCGACGGUCGGGGGUGCCGCAGCCUUCUCCGUUCCGGCCGAGGAGGGGGACACCCGGCAGCGCUACGAGGAGCUGUGCAGCAGUCUCAACAUGGAUGAGUGCGCUCGCUCUGAGGCCUAGCUCAGUUACCAGAACAUGAAGCGGAACUUCACCCUGGAGAGAAAUGAUCUGCACUGGCUAGCAUGUGCCUUGUACGUGGCUUGCAGAAAAGCAGUUCCCCCUGUGAGCAAAGGGACAGCUGAGGGAAAUUAUGUAUCUUUAACCAGAAUUUUGUGCUGUUCAGAACAAAGCUUGAUCGAGUUUUUGAACAAGAUGAAAAAGUGGGAAGACAUGGCAAAUCUUCCUGUGCAAUUCAGAGAACGAACUGUGAGAAUAGAGAGAAACUUUACCAUUUCUGCUGUCAUUUUUAAGAAGUAUAAGCCCAUUUUUCAGGACAUUUUCAGAUAUCCUCAAGAUCAGCCUCGCCAACAGAGAGGGAGAAAACAGAGACGGCAACCAUGUACUGUGACAGAAGUGUUCCAGUUUUGUUGGGUGCUGUUUAUUCAUGCAAAAGGUAAUUUUCCUAUGAUCAGUGAUGACUUGGUCAAUUCCUGCCAUCUCUUGUUAUGUGCUUUGGAUCUCGUGUAUGGAAAUGCUCUCCAGUGUCCAAACCGUAAAGAACUUCUGAAUCCUAAUUUUAAAGGUCUACCUGAAGACUUUCACAGUAAGGACUAUAAAGUAUAAUCUGAUCCUCCCUGCAUCAUUGAAAAACUGUGUUCAUUAUAUUACGGAUUAAUUUUAGAAGCAAAAGGCAAACAUUUUUGGAAGCCAUAUAUUCGGAAACAUUUUGACAAAAAGCUUCUGAAAGGAAAAGAUGAAAAUUUGACUGGAUUUCUAGAUCCUGGGAACUUCGGAGAUAGCUUCGCCAAGCAAACGUUUAAUAUCCUGAUGUCGUCUUUCGACAAUGCCCUGGCCAGUAGUAUUGUAAGGCGAAUUACCAAUUCUUCAAUUUCCAAUGUUCCAAUUUUACCUAUUUUUGCACAGUCAAUACGAUUGACUACACUGACUGCAUAUGCUGAAUCAGAUACAAUAUUUAAGGCUUCAUCAAUUAACCCAGGCAUGACAAAAAUACCCUGUCGACUUGAUGAAGAACGACCGAUCAAUAAGGCACUCAAUCCUCCCCCCAAUGGACCAGUGGCAGUUGAAUCCACCACUGUCACCUCCCCAGUUGAAAUAGUUACUGUUCUUGCCACGGCCAGGUCGACGCCUGCGCUUCCGAGAGGCACCCUUCGACGCAGCUGCGAUUUCCGCCUCUGCAUGCAUUUGAUCAAUCAUGAGCUUAAUGGAGCGUCCAAAUCACUCAGUAUUACAACCCCACUUACCGGCCGCAAGUAUAUUAAAGAGAUCAACUCAUAUGUGACACCUGUUUCCAUGGCAACAUACAGCUUGUGUCGCCUUCACACGAUGCUGGCAGGACUGAAAAAUGCCCCCAGUGAAAAUCUGGAGCACAUACUCAGGGCAUGUUCCAGAGAUCCUUCUCAAUCUAUUGCCAAGAGAGUAAAAGAAAUGCAUGAAGUAUACUUCCAGAGCAUGCAGUCUGAAGUAGAAUUCUGUAAUUUUUUCAAAGAUGUUGCUAGUAAGCAUUUUUUUCAUGCUGAGGUGCUGUACUACAAGGUCUUAGAGUCUGUCUUUGAGCAAGAGAGGAGGAGACUGGGAGACACUGACUUAUCUUCAAUACUGGAGCAGGAUGUGUUUCAUCGAUCACUACUGGCAUGUUGCCUUGAGAUCAUUACCUUCACAUACAAGCCACCUGGAAACUUGCCAUUCAUCCCUGAAAUAUUUGACAUUCCAGUUUAUAAUUUUGAUAAGGUAAUUGAAGUUUUCAUCAGAGCAGAGGAUGGCCUUUCAGAAGUAGUAAAACACCUUAAUCAUAUUGAGGAGCAGAUCUUGGAAAGCAUGGCAUGGAAACAGGAAUCCAUACUGUGGGACAGAAUCAGGGAUAAUGAAAACAAGGUUCCUGCUUGUGAAGAGGUAAUACCACCUCAGUAUUUUGAGAGAUCUGCUGGGAACAGUGUUGUGGGUUUUCCAUUGACACCAAGACGAAUAAAUGAGUUCCGCACUGAAACUGGAGAACCAGGGAAAGGCCUUUCAUCCCUUUCAACCACCCUGUAUGACAGAUAUAGCUCUCCUACAGCCAAUCCAACAAGGAGGAAGCUGUUUGCUGAUAACAAUAACUCUGACAGCAGCACUCCAGUAAGAGUUUCCCAACAGCCUGUGGUGAAUAUGGUGCCUGUGCAGAACAUGAAUCCCGAAGUGAUGUCAGUAAUCCCAGUGCCUGGCCAGACACUGGUUACAGUGGCAACUGCCAUUGUAACUGCCAAAAACGGGCAAACUGUGACAAUACCAGUACAAGGUGAGAGAAAGCUACUUAUCGUCAAUGAAAACGGAGGAAUUACUUUCUUCCCAGUCCAGGUAAAUGGGGGUACCCAGGCUCAGGCUGUCCCUGGCCCCAUUCAGCCCCUCAGUGCCCAGGCGCUCACAGGUACCCUGAACACCCAGGUGAUGGGGGCUGUGCUGCAGUUUCCCAGCCAGGUCAGUGUGCAGCAGAUCUCCCCUGGAGAGCAAAGGCAAACCCAGCCCUUUGCCACUGUCAUGUCCAUCAGGUCGCGGAAGAUGGGCUCGCUUUCAUUCUUCUUUAGAAAGGUAAUUUUCAUGUACCAUUUAGCUAGUGUUCGCCUGAGAGAUCUCUGCAUCAAACUCGAUGUAUCUGAUGAGCUGCGGAAAAAGAUCUGGACAUGUUUUGAGUAUUCCUUAGUGCACUGUCCUGAAAUCAUGAUGGAUAGACAUUUGGAUCAGUUGCUGAUGUGCGCCAUCUACAUAAUGGCUAAGGUCACCAAGGAGGACAGAUCAUUUCAGAACAUUAUGUGCUGCUAUCAGACACAACCACAAGCUAAAAGUCAUGUAUAUCGGAGUGUCCUGGUAAAAGGCAGGAGAUGCCAAUGACGCUCUGGCAGCAGUGGCAGCAGUGACAGCAGCGGCCAGCAGAACUCACCUACAGAGAGAAGUAAAGAGAGGAACAAGGAAAGAAGGAGCAGAGACUCCAGCCCUGUGAUGCGAUCCAGCAGCACACUGCCUGUUCUGCACCCUAGAAGUAACCCCCCCACCCGACUGACCGGGGCCAAUAGCGACACCAAGGAGGAGGAGCAAGGGGACCUCAUACAGUUCUAUAACAACAUCUAUAUUGAGCAGGUCAAAGAAUUUGCCCUGAAAUACACCUCAAAUGCAACCGACUCCCCUCCGCUCUCGCCCUACCCGUUCAUGUGGGUGGGCUCCCCUCGCCGCGUGCACCUGUCCCACAACCACCUUGUGUACAUCUCACCACACAAAAAUGAGUCUGUGCUCUCUCCUCGAGAGAAAAUAUUCUACUACUUCAGUAGCAGCACAUCUAAGAGGCUACAGGAAAUAAACAGCAUGGUUAGAACUGGAGAACCUGCAACAAAGAGAGGCAUUCUCUUGGAAGAUAGUACUGAAGCACCAGCCAAGCGUAUCUGCCAGGAGAAUCAUACUGCUCUGCUAAGGUGGCUACAAGAUAUAGCAAAUGACCAAGGCUCUCAUUGA